AUGAGCAGCCGCCGUCUCUUCCUCCUCCUCCACGAACCAGUCCUCCUGCACGGGCGCAGCCUCGCCCUCGGUCUGAGCGCCCUCCAGUUCUACCUGCUGCGUCUCGUACGCCUUCAACUCGCUUGCGAUGUCGGCCUCCUCGGGAGAUGCCGGUGCCUUGGGGAUAACGAACUUCUGGACAUGGCCUUCGGCGUCGGAUGCCUUCAGCGUCGGCGGCUUGUAGUUCCUCAACUCCCGGAGGUAAAGGUCCUGCACGAUAUCGGCUGGAGCACGUCAGGACAUGUCAAGUCUGGCUUGCGGCGAGCAAUUGAGGUCAAAUCACCUUGGCGGACAGCAGUCGGGACGAUGAAGGAACCGUCAAUGGCGAAUGGAACAAUGGGGAUUACCGAAGCCCUGAUGGAUUGCGCAAGCAUGGUGUCGGAUAUCUGCAACUGCUGCCUUCACAUCCCCCACCCUCCACCUCCACCUCGACUUCGGCCUCCCCACUGCGAAGGCUCAGAGUGUCCCGGUUCCAAAGUCUUGCGCGGAAAACCGUCGACACAAGUCAUUAUGAGCUACGCUCCGGACGGUCGGCUCCUCUCGCCUGGAGAGGUAUAUGAACCCGCAACUCCAGCGGAACCCAAGGAGGAAGAAUGGCGGGAGAAGUUGGAUGUUAUACUGAUCUGUCCGGACUGCCGGUCGGAUCCUCCAGUGCUUGUAGAGGAGUUCUCAUCUGGUGACACCGUGUGCGGAGAGUGCGGCCGCGUCCUCGCCGAGCGUCUCAUCGACACCCGCUCAGAGUGGCGUACAUUCUCCAACGACGAUCAGGGCAACGAUGACCCCUCGCGUGUGGGUGACGCCGCAAAUCCUCUCCUCCACGGCUCCCAGCUUUCUACAGAGAUCGCCUUUGACGGCGGCCACCGUGUUCGUGAACUCGCGCGUGCCCAGAACAAAGCCACCCACGACAAGACGAACAAGAACCUCCAAGCCGCAUACAGCCAGAUCACCCAGUUCGUGGAGACGGCGGGCAUCACCAAAGUGAUUGGGGAGACGGCCAAGAUUCUCUUCAAGAAACAAGAUGAGGCCAAGAUUCUCAAGGGCAAACCCAUGGACGCCAUCAUUGCGGGCUGUAUCUUCAUCGCCUGUCGGCAGCAUCAAGCCCCCCGAAGCUUCCGGGAGAUCUUUAAACUGACCCGCGUGUCCAAGAAGGAGAUAGGAAGGACCUUCAAAGUUCUGGAGACAUACCUCAGCAAGGAGAUUCGUGAACAGGAGAAGAAGAUGACCAACGGUGGGCAGCUGUCCGGAUUCAAGCAUACGAAGUCGACGGAUGCUUCCGAACUCAUUCUACGUGCGUGCAACAAUCUUGGACUUCCUGCCAGCGUCGGCAUCACCGCUCAAGAGGCUGCCGUUCGCGUCGCCGACUUGGGCGUCGCCGCUGGACGUUCACCCCUCUCCAUCACCGGGGCUUGCAUCUACCUGGUCGCACAUCUCAUGGGCCAUCCUACUUCGCCGAAGGAAAUUGGCCAAGCGGUCGACGUCAGCGACGGGACCAUCCGCACGGCCUACAAGCUGCUCUACCAGGCCGUGGACAAGAUCAUCGACGACAGCUGGUUACCCAGAGGGGCGGAUCGAUCGCGCAUCCCGCCCGCCUAA